AUGAGGUCCCCUUCUCUUGCACGGUUAAAUUACCGUGCAGUGUCUGGCUUGACCAGAACCGCUCGUUUCCAGCCCCAGGGUUUCCUGAGUUCGCGAUGCGUCUCCACGGCCGCUUUGCGGUCUUCCGGUGUUGCGCCGGCUUAUCAGUCGAUCCUGAAGCAGUGGGAACAGCGUCGCAAUGCCUCUGCUACUGCAUCUGCAGUUCUUGAGGCCGCUGCCGCCAGCCCGGAUACCCUUUCGCAAGCCGCCAUUAUCGACAACCUCGACCCCGUGGAGGCUGCUCGUCUCGACAAGGUCCGCAACAUCGGUAUCGCUGCCCACAUCGACAGUGGCAAGACCACCGUUACCGAGCGUGUCCUUUUCUACACUGGUCGUAUCAAGGCCAUCCACGACGUCCGCGGUCGUGAUGGUGUUGGUGCCAAGAUGGACUCCAUGGAUCUGGAGCGUGAGAAGGGUAUCACCAUUCAGUCUGCUGCUACCUUCUGUGACUGGGUCAAGAAAGAUAAACAGGGCGUUGACCAGAAGUACCACGUCAACCUGAUCGAUACACCUGGCCACAUUGACUUCACCAUUGAGGUCGAGAGAGCGCUGCGCGUUCUGGAUGGUGCCGUUAUGAUUCUGUGUGCCGUCUCUGGUGUCCAGUCCCAGACCAUCACUGUGGACCGUCAGAUGCGUCGUUACAAUGUUCCUCGCCUCUCGUUCGUCAACAAGAUGGAUCGUAUGGGUGCCAACCCCUUCAAGGCUAUUGAGCAGAUCAACACCAAGCUCAAGAUGCCUGCUGCUGCCGUCCAGGUUCCCAUCGGUGCCGAGGACGAGUUCGAGGGCGUUGUCGAUCUUAUUACCAUGAAGGCUAUCUACAACGUCGGCGAGAGUGGCGAGGAACUUAAGAUCACUGAGGUCCCCGAGAAGGUGAAGCAGGUCGCCGAGGAGCGCCGGGCUAUGCUCAUUGAGACUGUCGCCGAUGUUGACGAUCAGAUGGCUGAGAUGUUCUUGGACGAGGUUGAGCCCACCGAGGACCAGUUGCGUGCCGCCAUCCGUCGCGCCACCAUCGGCCUGAAGUUCACUCCUGUCUUUAUGGGCUCUGCUUUGGCCAACAAAUCCGUUCAGCCUAUGCUGGACGGUGUUGUCGACUUCCUUCCCAACCCCUCCGAGGUUGAGAACCUUGCCCUUGACCAGAAGCGAAACGAGGCUUCCGUCAAGCUUGUUCCUUACAACUCUCUUCCCUUCGUCGGUCUCGCUUUCAAGCUCGAGGAGUCCAACUUUGGACAGUUGACCUACAUUCGCGUCUACCAGGGUACCCUCCGCAAGGGAUCGAAUGUGUUCAACGCCCGUAACAGCAAGAAGGUCAAGAUCCCCCGUAUCGUGCGUAUGCACUCCAACGAGAUGGAGGAAGUCAGCGAGAUUGGUGCUGGUGAAAUUUGCGCCGUUUUCGGUGUUGAAUGUGCCUCCGGUGAUACCUUCACUGACGGCCAGCUCGGCUACAGCAUGUCCUCCAUGUUCGUUCCCGAGCCUGUCAUUUCGCUCUCCAUUAAGCCCAAGCAAGCCAAGGAUGCGGCCAACUUCUCGAAGGCCAUGGCCCGCUUCCAGCGUGAGGACCCUACUUUCCGUGUCACUUAUGACAAUGAGAGUGAGCAAACCAUCAUCUCCGGAAUGGGUGAGCUGCACUUGGACAUCUACGUUGAGCGCAUGAAGCGCGAAUACCGCGUGGAGUGCGAGACGGGUCAGCCUCAGGUUGCUUACCGUGAGACUAUCGGCGAGCACAUCAAGUUCGACCACCUGCUCAAGAAGCAGACUGGUGGUGCUGGUGACUAUGCCCGUGUCAUGGGCUUCAUGGAGCCCACCGGUGUCCUCGAGGAGAACAACUUCGAGCAGCAGAUUGUCGGAGGCAGUAUCUCCGAGAAGUACCUGUUUGCUUGCGAGAAGGGAUUCAAUCUUUCCUGCGAGAAGGGUCCUCUGAUCGGCCACAAGAUUCUCGGAACCCGCAUGGUCAUCAACGAUGGAGCCACUCACAUGACAGAUUCCUCUGAAAUGGCCUUCAAGAACGCCACCCAGCAAGCCUUCCGCAAGGCCUUCAUAGACAGCCAGCCUUCCGUGCUGGAGCCCCUGAUGAAGACCGUUGUCACCGCCCCCAGCGAGUUCCAGGGUGAUGUUAUCGCCCUGCUGAACAAGCGCGGAGCCACUAUCAACGACACCGAGACUGGCGUCGACGAGUUCACCAUCUACGCUGACUGCAGUCUGAACGGCAUGUUUGGCUUCAGCUCCAACCUCCGCGCCGCCACCCAGGGCAAGGGUGAAUACACCAUGGAAUUCAGCCACUACGAGAAGGCUCCCCCGCACGUGCAGAAGGAUCUCAUUGCCAAGCACCUCAAGGCCCAGGCUGAGCGUAACAAGAAAUGA